AUGCUGUCAACAGCCAUCAUCAGAUGUCUCGGAGACCAAGGAGUGGCUAUGAGUGAUAAGCUGGAGGCUUAUGGGUUGGUCGAUUAUGAAAUGGGUAUUUGGGAAGAACAUAUAACCCACGUUUUUGCUGAGUGCCUCGAUCUCCUUGAUCGGUAG